GCUAAUCUAACCUGCAGAGCUUUCUUUGGGUAUAGCGGAGAUGUCAGUCCUCUAAUUUACUGGAUGAAGGGAGAGAAGUUUAUUGAAGAUCUGGAUGAAAAUCGAGUUUGGGAAAGUGACAUCAGAAUUCUCAAGGAGCAUCUUGGGGAACAGGAAGUUUCCAUCUCGUUAAUUGUGGACUCAGUAGAGGAAGGUGACUUGGGAAAUUACUCCUGUUACGUUGAAAAUGGGAAUGGACGUCGGCAUGCCAGCGUUCUCCUUCACAAACGCGAACUAAUGUACACAGUUGAACUUGCUGGAGGGCUCGGUGCUAUCCUUUUGCUGCUUGUUUGUUUGGUGACCAUCUACAAGUGUUACAAGAUAGAAAUCAUGCUUUUCUACAGGAAUCAUUUUGGGGCUGAGGAACUGGAUGGAGACAAUAAAGAUUAUGAUGCAUACUUAUCAUACACCAAAGUGGAUCCUGACCAAUGGAAUCAAGAGACUGGGGAAGAAGAACGCUUUGCUCUUGAAAUCCUACCUGAUAUGCUUGAAAAGCAUUAUGGAUAUAAGUUGUUUAUACCAGAUAGAGAUUUAAUCCCAACUGGAACAUACAUUGAAGAUGUGGCAAGGUGCGUAGAUCAAAGCAAGCGGCUGAUUAUUGUCAUGACCCCAAAUUAUGUAGUCAGAAGAGGCUGGAGCAUCUUUGAGCUGGAGACUAGACUUCGGAACAUGCUUGUGACUGGAGAGAUUAAAGUGAUACUAAUUGAAUGCAGUGAACUACGAGGAAUUAUGAACUACCAGGAGGUGGAGGCCCUCAAGCAUACCAUCAAGCUCCUGACGGUUAUCAAAUGGCAUGGGCCAAAAUGCAACAAGUUGAACUCUAAGUUCUGGAAACGUUUACAAUAUGAAAUGCCUUUUAAGAGGAUAGAACCCAUUACACAUGAGCAGGCUUUAGAUGUUAGUGAGCAGGGGCCUUUUGGGGAGCUGCAGACUGUCUCAGCCAUUUCCAUGGCCGCAGCCACCUCCACAGCUCUAGCCACUGCCCAUCCAGAUCUCCGUUCCACCUUUCACAACACGUACCAUUCACAAAUGCGUCAGAAACACUACUACCGAAGCUAUGAGUACGACGUACCUCCCACUGGCACCCUGCCUCUUACCUCCAUAGGAAAUCAGCAUACCUAUUGUAACAUCCCUAUGACACUCAUCAAUGGGCAGCGGCCACAGACAAAAUCAAGCAGGGAGCAGAAUCCAGAUGAAGCCCACACAAACAGUGCCAUCCUGCCACUGCUGCCAAGAGAGACCAGUAUAUCCAGUGUGAUUUGGUGACAGAAAAGCAAGGGACACCCAGUCCCUGGGAGCUUGAGUGGAGUCUGCAGUCCAGUGCCUGGAACUAAAUCCUCGACUGCUGCUGUUAAAAACAUGCAUUACAAUCUCUAGAACAUGAGGAAAAACAGGGUCUUGUACAUAUGUUUUUUGCAAUUUCUUUGUAGCAUCAGUGUCUUCCUGUUUUACCAUGUCUCUUACCAUUACAUUUUUUGACUUUGUUUUAUAUGUCAUUGGAAUUUGUAAAUUUACAUUUUUUUAAAGAAGAGACUUAUAUAUAGAUAGAAAACCCUUCUUUGCUUAAUUAGUUUAGUUUUAGAAUGGGUUUAUUUCCUUUUCUUGAUUUUGUUUUGCUUUUAACAUUUCCUUGGGGUGCUUGGACAAAUCAAUCCGAUGGGACAAGGAGCACCGGAUCCUCUCUUGGGUUCUGCCUAGGAUCAGCUGGUCCAUGUGGGCCUUCAGAAAGCAGCGCAACUAAUGCCAGCAUUGCCAUUUGGGAAUCCAAACAAAAGAUGAGAAGAACACUUGUUCGUAGGAGGGCCCCGCCCACCAGAGCACUGAAUCUCUUCCUUGUCCCGCCUCAUUCCCCACCUCUACCCUUCCAAUGGCGGCAUGAUGUGUGAACUCUGAGGAGGGGUGGGGGUGGGUUUAACUGUCUUAACAUUUAAUUCACUGCUCGUCAGAAUACACUCCAGACCCAAAAGUGUGCUAGUCACUUGACGGUGACCACUACAGAGUGCUAAGAAGAGAAGAUCAAGGGCAUGAAAAUGGGGGAGAGAGUGUUGUUUCCGUUUUUUAAAUGAGUUGAUGUACCCUUAUAUAAAUAUAUAUAUAUAUAUAUAUAAACACAACAAAACAAAAGAAACAAAAAAAAACAAAACAAAACAAAAAAACACACAAAAAAACAAAAACAAAAAAAUCAAGCCCUAUAUUUGAUCACUUCCUGGAAAGGCAUGAAUGUGUUUGUGGCUGUUUUUGUUUGAUAUUCUACUUCCUCUUUUCCCUCUAUAAUUUUUUCUGCAAAUGAGAUUAUGUGCAAAUGCCAGGCAAGUUAGCAAGUUAACUCAAAAGGGUGAAUCAACACAAGUCAAAAUGAAAUUUACAUUGAAGGCUUCCAAACCAAAGGGAAGGACAGGAUGUGUCAUCAAAUGUGUUUUGUCACCUUGUAUUAUACAAAGUGUGUUAUUUUCUAUUUCUAAAGAGUCAGAACAAAUCUGUGAAACUUAUUAUGGGGUCCCCUUGUAUUUAAAUGUUAAUUCACUGUAUUUAAUUUUCAAUGCUGCAUUCAGAAUUAAGUGUUUGGUUUCAGUUUGUGAACAUAAGCAACACUUACUAAUAAUCAAAGUGUUUAUAUAAGAACCCAGGAGGUCAAACAUACGAAUACCAACAGAAAUCAGUAUUUUCAAAAUAUACAUUAUUUACAUGAGAUAGUUUUUAAAUUAGAUGAGAAAGUGUUUAAUAUAAUUUUACUGUAUAAAAAAUUAGUUUUAUUUUAACUGUAUAAUUCUAUCUUUCAGAAAGCUGACGCUCCCAGGAAAUUCAUCCCUUACCAUGUAGCUUUGUGUUUGAAGUCGAUGACAUAAGCAGCUAAUACAUAUUCAUAUUGAAGAUGAUGCAAAAUCAAUAAUCAUAAAGGAACUUACAGAGGGCAGAAUUGUUAAAGGGAAAUAUUACCUAAGUAGCUUUUAGUUUUAAAAAAUCCAAUGUGAUGAAAACACUGGUAAUAGAACUUACACAUUACUUUAGUGUUUCACUGUAGGAGCUUCCAUUCCAGUCACCGUCUGUGAGCUUGUGUAGUGACUUUUGUAUGUUUGGUUUAUUUCUACCACUAUGUAAUGAGAAAAUAAUUAUACAGUUUUUGUCACAGUACUACGGUGUGAGUUGGCCACAAAAAAAGGUGUAAACUUCAGAAGAGUUCAUUGGGGAGGUAAGAUUGAAUUGCAUAUGUAUGAGAGAUGAGUAUAAGAAUUCUGUGACAAUGCAGAGGUCUCAGUAUUUGUGUGACAAAGUGAAGGAACCUCAGGAUGUGCAUUGAUUUUUAUUUGCUGGAAAAAUAUGUCCAUUUCCCUGACAACUCACCUGGGUCCUCCUCUACAAUCUGUUCCUUAUUCCCUUGCUCCCUUUGGAUCCAUGUCAUAUUUUCUCAAACCAGAACUGAAGCUGCAAGGACACAUAAACCUUAAGGUCAGCUUUGUACAUUGGGUUAUUUUCAGAAUCCAAGAAGGCCAUUGUUUACUGUGUAUUAUGGACACCUGUCAGGGACUGGUGGCAGUGAACCCCAUUGGACUGGAUUCCAGACUCCCCCAGUGCUCAGAAAACUGUAAACAUGGCAAUGGCCUGGUUUGUUUCUUUGUUUUUUAAUUUUCUUAAGUGCACGAUGGAAGUGUGGAAUAAAUGUAGAGGAAGUAAUCAGACCACAGUCAUAUUUUAGGCAUUCAUAGGUGUUAAUUUAGCUGCAUUGGGAGUACAUUUUUUGUUCUAUUUUUAGUGUAGAUUUAAGCACUUUGAAUAGCAUGAUUCAGGGAUGGAUGGGUAAUAUUUGAUAUUCUCACAACUUAAGAAACGUUUUUUUUUUCUUCUAAUGCUUUGUCAUAUUUUUUAAAAAAUAAAGUAAUGGAGAAGAAGCUAUCUGUGGCUUUAGAAACAUUCCUCCCAAGUAUUCCCCUAUCAGUUCCUUGUGAGAACAAAUGAAGGAGGCUGUCAUGUGUUCACGUGCUCUAUGUUUAACAAAAGUUACAUUAGAACUCACAAUAAAAGAAAAAAAUGUA